GGUAUUGCACUAUUGUGGUACUUGUCAAAGCACCCAAAAGAAGAAAUAGAAGGAAGUAGAGUUACAACACUAGCGUUUGCCUUGUCUGCUAGCUCUGACAACCUUAAACAAUUCAAAUGAAAACCAAGAGACAUUAAGACAGCAAUAUUUGGACAUACAAUAGUUUAGUAACCGAUUUUAGGUGAAAUGACACGGCCACGAUGGUUAUGCUUGUAUUGUGUUUUCUCCUCGUCACCAAAGUACUGAGCGAGGCACCUCCAGGUCCGCCACAGAAUGUCCAGCUUAACAACUGGCAGUUGACAUGGACCCCUGCCACGGAAGAGCACAACGUCACCUACACAGUUUGGUACCACAGCUUUGAUGCUGAUCAAUGGAAAGACGUCCCAACCUGCAAGCAGAUGUCCUCCACUUCCUGUAAUGUGAAUUUCAUGAAAGCGGAGGCAGACCAUGGCUGUGCUCUGAUUGGUGUGCUAGCAGAGAGGCGUGGAUUGACUUCAGAAAUAGCCAGAGCCUGUAGCAGUCAAGGUAACUCAUGUAGCCCUGAAGUUGUCUUAAGUGCAAAUCCUGGCACCUUGAUCGUUCAUUUAAGUAGAAACAGUGGGAUUUCUCUGGAAGGUUACCAUGUGAAACACAGGAUUUACUUUGGGAAGGAAGGAGAACCCUUAGAGGCAUAUGAAGAUGCUGUGUCCUCAGUGCCCAUUCCUAAUUUAAAGGAUGGAGAGCAUUACUGUGCAAGUGUGCAGUACACUUACUUCGAUACGCCUAUCGGAGUGGCUAGCUGCACCCGGUGCAAAGCCAUCCCUCAUUCAAGUGCAGCAACAAAAAAAAUGGAAGCAAUAGUUGCAGUUGUAAUUGUCCUGGUUGUUGUCAUACCGCUCAUCGCAUACAUCAUCCUCUUUCAGAAGAAGAGAAUCAAAGGAUGGUUUCAACCUUCAUACAAGAUACCAGACCACUUCGUUCUUGAUGUACGGCGUCAGUCUCCCAUCCCCAUUUCCAGGAACAGCUCAACUGAGAUCUGCAACAACAUUUCAAGCAUGGACUUCAUAGACCAGUGAAAGAAGCUUCAAUUAUAUUGAAAUGCAGUAGGAUUACAGUCUGAAAUGAUGGGAUCAAAUAGGUGUAAAAUGAGUGACUAUAUUUGAGAUGCACUGUCUUAAACAGACAAGAUGGCGGACAGCCUGUGGUAAGGGCAAACGGAUCAUCAAAUCACGCAAUUACCUUUCACAGGUAAUUGAAAAAAAACAUUUGAUUGUAUUUGACAGUUAUAACAUUUUACAAACAGAAUUUAUUGAGUUUGUGACAUAGUAAAAAUAAAAAGACAUUUUUAUUAA